AUGUCGCCUACUUCGUUGGGUGACGCUGCGACUAAUAAUAAUGGUGUCAGUCCUCCCUUUGCCGGUCCUGGUCCUGGUAGUGUGAAUGCUAUGACAUCGUCCCCAUCUGCUCGCGUGGGAGAAGGGCCGAGCCCCCUAGGCGUUCGACCCGAUCGACCUUGUGAUGGCUGUCGACGUCGCAAGAGUCGCUGCGUCAUCAAUCCCGAUGCUGCCUCGUGUGUGAUGUGCCAAUUCCACAAGCAGGCCUGUACCUUUAUCGAAGACGCCGCUCCACGGAGACGAAAGCAACCCAACAACAACAACACCAACAAUAACCACGUCUACAACAACCACAACACCGUCACUGGAGGCACUGUCAGUUCCGAGAAUGCUUCGGUUGCUUCCCUAGCUCGGCAAAGACGCUCGUGA